CAAAAGUGUCCAUUUUAUUUCAGUAAUUGGACACGAUUUAGUCAGCUCGAAUAUAGAAAUUGAGAUUCCAUUCACUAAACCCCUAAUAAUUUGAGAUUCCGUUAAGCCUUAUAGCUACUCGAUUCACUGGCUGGACUAGGUCGCCGACGUUGACGGCAGCCGCCACGGACGACCAGCCUCUCACGGAAAGUUCUUUUUAUUUUGUCUGAAGCCAAUGGCUGCAAUUUUGCAAGCCAAGGAUGCCGAGGAAUGGACUUACAGAGGAGAAGGAGCUGUGAACCUAGUUCUUGCUUACUGUGGAAGUUCUCCUAAUUUUGUUGGAAAGGUUUUAAGGAUACAAAAAGUUCCAAAUGACAGACCUGAAUGUGAGAACAGUCGUUCAGCUCUACUCAACCAUGAAUCCCUCUUGUGGGGAAAAUUUGAAGGCAUGGUUUCAGCACCUACAAAGGAAAUUGUGGAGCAUGCAUAUGUGCAGAAAGUAAUGUGUCCACUCUUGGGAUCUGAGCACGUUGACUCAGGGAUCCAUGUUCUUGUGUCAAGAGAAUUUUUGGAGGCAGUUGACAACAAGGUUCUCUGUCAGCGUCCAUCUUGGCGUGUUGAUGCUGCCAGAGUCAACUCCCUUCGUGACUCAGUUCUUUUAAUUGCUGAUCAUUCUCUAUUUCCUCAUGUUUCAGGUUCUCUCAAAGAGGAUUUCUGUGUGUCUGUUGAGAUAAAGCCCAAAAGUGGAUUUCUUCCUACUUCGGAAUUUAUAGCUGAGGGAAAUGCAGUCAAAAAGAAAAUUUGUCGAUUUACGAUGCACCAAGCUCUAAAAUUACAUCAAGGAAAGAUAUCUCAAAUUAGUAAAUAUGAUCCUCUAGAUUUGUUUUCUGGAACCAAGGAUAGAAUACAAAGAGCGAUUAAAGCCCUCUUUCUUACACCUCAGAAUAAUUUUCGGGUUUUCUUAAAUGGUUCGAUUAUUUUUGGAGGCAUGGGCGGGACUUCAGACAACACUAGUCCCGCGACUGCUCAAUCAUUCCAUGACAGACUUAAACACGUUAAUUCAUCAAAAGAUGGGAUGCACAUCAAGGGUUUAGUGGAUCUGCUCUCUGAAACUAUUUAUAAGUCUGGCUUGUUGAAUCGGCUUCUUGAAGUACAGAAGCUUGAUGCUAUUGAUAUAGAAGGUGCAAUUCACGCCUACUAUGAUAUUAUUUCUCAGCCUUGUGUGGUCUGUCGGCAAAUAGGUGGAAAAAAAUUAUCAGCAAAAUAUUCACCAAUUCACUCAAUGCAAAUGGGUGAUAAAGUGAAAAUUGUGAGGGAUUACUUGAUAUCAGCCACUGCAAAGGACUUAAGUGUGAUGAUUAGUUUUAAGUCCAAAGUAAAUAUGGAUGAGGAGUCUCCUCAUCGUGCUAUCUUUCUGGAAUCAAGCAAGCAAACCUUUUAUUACAAGGCAUCUUUUAUUGACCUAGACAUGAAACCAUUAAAGAGAAUGGAAUAUUACUAUAAGUUGGAUCAACAAAUAGUCAACAACUAUGGCCAGAUGUUAAAAGAUAUAGAGGUGCUUGAUUGUGUUGAGACGACCCAGGAAUCACUGAAUGCGUGUACCAGUUUGAAAAAUGGUGGUAAGUUCUUUCUUUUUCUAAGGCAAAAACACAUCUCGAGGUUCCUAUAUUAUCAAUGUUUGUUUUAUUUAGUACUUAUACAAUGUUUGUGAUUCUCCAAGUCGUAAUUAUAUUUUUGAUAUGUUAAUCCUUGCAUUACUAUGUUUGAUCUCAAGAUGUCAUUGUUACACUUUUUUUAACAAUAAAAAAGUUAUAAUCUUAAUCAGAAUUACAUUCAAAAUAAUUUCCAUGAACAUGAACUUUUAUACUGUUGAUGAACAUGUUUAUGCUUAUCCCUCACCCCUUUCUCUAAACACCUACACAAGUGAGUGUGCGCCUGAUUUUGGCUUGUGGAUAUUGAUUUGAUAUCAUGUGUCAAAUACAACACCCCAUAAACAAAUAAGGUAAAUUCUGACCCAUAUUCGCUUCUUGAUUAGCACUCUGCUACUUUGAAGAAUUUCACAUUUUUGUUAGUGUACAUACUUUUAGUCUAUUAAUAUCUGUGCCUAAACAUUGCAAAUGCCAUCCUCCUGGCAUAUCUGGUUGUCCAAGUUAUGUUUGUGGGAAGUAAAAUGAAAUGACCUAUCUCUUAUAUCAAUGGGGAAAUAAUAUCUCAAUAAUCUCAUCCAUCAAUGCAUAAAUUAAAGGGAAUGAUCAAUGUCAAUCAAAUAGUCUGUAGUGUCCUCUUACUGUUCAUAUUUGAGACUUGACCACUAUAUCACAAAACUAAAGAUUAAGGUUCAUAAGAGUGACCUGUAUACUGCACUUGGUUGCUCUACAUUUUCACUUUGGAAAAAUGUGAUGAUGUCUGUGGUUGAAUCCAAUCACCAGGUUACAAAAACAAUCUUGGGUCAUAUCACACUUUGCUUUCUCUUUACAUAUAUGUCAUUUGCUUUCUCUUUCUUAUCUCUGUGAGCAUUUAAAUUGUGGUUAUCAGCUCCUGCAGGAAUGGCAAAUUGAUUGAGGAGUCUAGAAGAAAGAUAUAGAUAAGCUUUCUUUUCAAUGAAGAAAGGGUGUGUCAACUACUUCAGUAUCUUCCGGUCCACAUCAGUGAUUAAUUUAUGCAGCUCGAUAUGGACUGAGAAGUUAAUGGAAAUAUGGCUUGCUAGAAGAUGAUCGCUCCUCCUGUGCUCUCUCUAUACCACAAGUUAACCUCAACCAGUUUCGUCUAACUGAAUCUGGAAUAUAGUUCUGUCUGUAAUUGUAGACUUCAUGAAUAUUUCAUACUCUCUGUGAGUGUUCCAAUCUUUGUUGUUGUAAUUCUAUUCUAAGCUAUACUCGAAGUGGACAUGCCUAACUGAAAUUGUGUAAACAGCCAGCAAUCAACUUCCCAUUCAUGCCCACUCUAUCAAAUUUGUGUUUAUGGAAAAUCCUCUUUUGCAUA